ACUGAAAAAAAGGUAUCUGUUCUCUGCUAUAAGCAAAUAUAGAACUUUAGCUGCUUGCACAACUUGUAGUGUUUCUUAUGUUUAACAAAUGAAGGUCGGUGUUUUAUGAGCUGACACUAUUCUAUUUACUGAUUCAUAAACGUUGUAUGUAUAAUUAGAGAGUUGGACUGGCUCAUUUGAACUGGCUCUCAGGGGGAAUGAUUAACACGCAGGUUAUAUAUUGUUUGCAUACCUCUCAUUUCUAAACACAGCUCUUGAAUUACACAGUCGUCUUGAUUUGCUUGAAAGCACUUGAAGAAACAAACAGAUAUGGCUACGGCAGGACAAGUCAUCAAGUGCAAGGCAGCAGUAACAUGGGAGCCCGAUACACCAUUUUCUAUUGAAGAGAUAGAAGUAGCUCCCCCUAAAGCCCAUGAAGUUCGCAUCAAGAUGGUGUCCACAGGCAUCUGUCGCUCAGAUGAACAUGCACUUAGUGGAAAGCUCACUGAUGUGGUUUUUCCAGUUGUGAUUGGACAUGAAGGAGUUGGUAUUGUGGAAAGCAUUGGUGAAGGAGUAGAGGGUAUAAAGCCAGGAGACAAGGUGAUCCCGCUGUUUGUACCCCAAUGUAACCAGUGCAUGUGUUGCAAAGAUUCAAGGAGUAAUUUCUGCCUUUCAGCCAGCUUAGGCCGACCAAAAGGACUCAUGGCUGACGGCACAAGUAGAUUUACCUGUAAAGGCAAACAACUCCAUCACUUCCUAAAUACCAGCACGUUUACCGAGUACACUGUUGUAGAGGAAAUUGCUGUGACAAAAAUUGAUGAUGAUGCUCCUUUGGGUAAUACCUGUCUGAUUGGUUGCGGUUUCUCUACUGGAUAUGGGUCUGCAUUAAAUACAGCCAAGGUACAAGAAGGCUCUACUUGUGCAGUGUUCGGUUUAGGGGGUGUGGGCCUUGCUGUUGUCAUGGGUUGCAAAGCAGCUGGGGCUUCCCGUAUCUUUGGAAUAGACAUCAAUGAGGACAAGUUUGAAAAAGCAAAGGAAUUAGGAGUAACUGAUUGUAUCAACCCCAAAGAUUCUGACAAACCUAUUCAGCAAGUGCUUCUGGAACAGACUGGUGGGGGAGUGGACUACGUCUUUGAGUGCAUUGGAAACAUUGAGAUUAUGCUAGCAGCCCUACAAUCAAGUCAUUUUGCAUAUGGAACUACAGUUAUAGUUGGAGUAUCAGCUGUAUCAUCUACCAUCACCUUUGAUCCAAUGAUUAUGUUAACUGGACGUACACUAAAAGGCUCCGUCUUUGGAGGAUGGAAGAGUAAAGAUGCCGUCCCUCAGUUAGUGUCUGACUACAUGGCUAAAAAGUUUGACCUGGACAAGCUGGUAACACACAAUCUGCCUUUUGAGAAAAUCAAUGAGGGAUUUGAGCUUUUGCGUACGGGGAAAAGUAUUCGGACUGUCUUAUCAUUUAAAGAAUGAAUUCUGCAGGAAAUACAUAUCGGAACAACCAUUUUGGUAAUCAUCAUAUGAACUACUGUAUUUUAUCUGAUAAUAAAGUCUUUGGUCAUUAUUUCCUUACUUAUCAUGUAAUUCUGAGUUGUUUGUUUACAGAACAAAUCUAAAUAAAAUAUGCACCACAAAUAAAGUCUAUAAAACAUCCAAAAA